UUGCCACUUUUUCGAUAGAGUCAAUCCAAUAGUCGAACCAUGGCAAAAGAACAUAUGCAAUCAGCCAAAGUUGUUCUUAUUCUCUGUUCAUGCUUUUUUGCGUAUGGAACAGUUUGGUCAGACUGGGCGUUUGACUAUUAUUUUCUCUGGGCCAAGACAGGCGGACCUGAUGCCGUGGCGAGAGCAGCACAAUACUACAUCAAUCAGCUGAACGCACCCGAUAUCAUUAAAUAUAUUCCAUUCGUCAAUCUGAUGAUUGCUGCUGUCGGUUUUGCUGCUGGAAUCGCCAAUAUGACAGACGGUAAUAUCUUGUUUGAUGGCGCUUCUUUAGUUCUGAUGCUCUUUGCUCUUUCUACGUAUGCCACCACUGUAAAGCCAGCCAUGCAACAUAUCUCUGAAACGGAGAAAGUAGCUGAGAUCAGUAAGCAUUUGAAGAACAUAGCUGCAGCUCACUUUAUCAUCACGUUGGCCAUUACAGGCAUUGUUGGCUUGCAGAUCACGCACUAUAUUUUGAACAAGAGAGCAGAUCAUGCUGAAAGAGCAGAAAUGGAGGCUUCAUCCUCUUCCAGAAACAAUGUGGAAAGCAAAAAGUCGAAAUAAGAAGGACACAAAAAUGGUCAAUCACACUCAAGUCCAUGACAUGAGGCUAUCACUUUUAUGUUUUUCCCUCCCCCCAUAUGUACACACAUGAUGAGUAACGCCUGCAUAAAUGCAACAAACAUUACUGCCCUUUCCCUGGUUAAAACUGAGAUCAUUGAUUGCACUCCACAUGACAUGUUUUAAACUUUAAAACGUGCAUGCUAAUCCUGGUCAAUAGGUACAAUGUAGA